AAAGGAUCUGCGAAAACAUAAUUAAAUAAACAAAUUUUUUAAAUGAUGAAGUUAGAGACAGAUUAACUACAAAUGGAGCAGUCAGACGUAAAAAUGGACAGCUCACUUGAGCGUCAAGAAGACCUCAUGAAUGAUAAUGAAUCGACUAGCGAUAAUUGCAAUGCACGGGAUGAAUUGGGAGAAAAUUGCAAAUGUGAGAUCAUAAAAGACAUGGCUGAAUCAAAGGUCGAUUCGCCAGGUCAGGACUUAGUUGAAGCUGUUUUGCAGCAGAAAUCAAUACAAUCGCAGCAGGCAUUGCAAACAGCUGUUUCAAAUGACCACCUGAUUUCUGAGCCACAGAUGGUUCCUGUGGAGGCUGAAACGGCUGUGGAAGCAACUGCAAUCGAAUCCCAUGUUUUGCAAGGAAAUGAUGUUCCUACUCCACCACCGUCCACUGGAGGCACUCCCAGCUCGCCGAGCACCCCAAGGUCGCAAAUUGGAGAUACUUUAGCACAUAUUGAGUGCAUGGCGCAAAUCGAACGGCAGCGGCAGUGUUAUGAACAACAGUUAGAACAACUACAUGCGGCACUAGCACAAAAGGAAAAUAUGAUAACAUUGUACCAACGAGAGAAUGCAAUACUUGACAAGGAGAAAAAUGCGUUUCGAAAAGAAAAGGAACUGGCAAAUAAGGAAAAGGAGACGACGGUUAUUAAGUUUGCAAUGAAAGAAAAGUUAUUAUUGGAUGCCAAGAAAGAAAAGGAUGUUGUGGAAAAGAAACUUGCUGAUGCCAAAAAAGAAGUUAAAAAUGUAACUAUACGCUUUCAGGCACUCUACGAAGAAAAGUCUCGCAUGUCUUACAUUAUAGAUGAAAAGUGCAACGAAGUUCGCAAAUAUCAACGUGAAUGUGAGAAAUUAAAAACUGACUAUGGUCACUUGGAGUCGAAACUGAAGUAUCAUGCAAAUAAAUUGAAUAUGGAAAUAGAAACACGAAUGGCAUUGGAGAAGAAACUCGAAGAAGAACGAAAUGCACCUAACAAACUGGAGGAAAAGGCAAAUGAAAAUUUAAAAAUGGAGUAUGAGGCUAACACCAUUUUACUAAAACAUGAGAUUAAAAGCAAAACUGAUCAAAUGGAAAGCUUAAGCAGAGAACUGAAUAAAUCAAAAGAGGAAGUCAAACUGCUACAAGAUCAGUUAAGCAAGGAAGAUUUGGAAAAAAUGGACCUCUCUACUGCUCUAUGCCAAUUGCAAGAAGCACAUAAUUCGCUACAAAACGCCUACAGCGAAGAGAUGUUGAACUCUGCCAAAUUACGUGGUCAAUUGGAUGAACUUCAGGUGCUAAAAACCCAACACACUCUAAAUGAAGAAAAAAUCUGCACGCUUACGGAAACUAUGGAAGAAAUGAAGGAAAAGUUACAUGAUAACGAACAAGAUUUAUAUCAGCUACAUAAAAGGGAAAAAGAACUGUUGAGUAUUAACAAAGAGAUGAGUGAAUCCAUUGUGGGUUUACAAAAUGAGAUUUGUCUGCUAAAGUCUAAGGUGCAAGGUAUCGGCGCAGAAAAUGUUAUUUUAAGGAAAGAAAAAGUGGAGUACGACAACAAGUAUGAAAAGUUGUUGGAAGAAUUGAAAACUGAGAUGGAGAAAAAAAUUGAGGAAAGGCAAUUGUUUACCAAGCAUCUUUCAGAAAAAACUAAGCUUUAUGAAGUCACUAAAACUAAGCUGGAAAAUAUUGAAGGCGAUUUUGAGGCGUCUAAGCAUAAACAUGCCACAGUAAUAAAGGAACUACAACGUGAGUUGCAAAAGUACAAAAGGUCUAUGGAGCACGCAGCGCCACCAUCCGUGGGAGCUCCUGCACUUCAAAACUGGUCACAUUCUAAUAAUGGUUUCAAAAGUGUUGCGGAGCCUAACGAAGCACUCCUACCAUCUACUAAUGGUUUUAGUGAAAAUGGCACAGCUUUAGUAGUAAAACAGCAUCGCACGCACAGCCGUACAAGCAGCCAAAGUAGUCAGCCGAGUACAAGUCGACGGCCAAGCGAGACAUCAGAGUCGGAAACCAUGGCCAGCAGUGUCACCGCAGUACAGCAGGAUUUACAGGGUCCUUCGAAGAAACACUUGGUUGAACGUAUAUUGCGUCUGCAGCAGGCUUCAGCACGGCAAACGGAAAAAAUUGACUUCCUUGAAAAUCACACGCUUUCGCUUGUGGCCGAGUUGCAGAAAAAGUCCAAAGUUGUCCAGUAUUACAUGCUGCGCGAUCAAGCAGGCGCACUUACCUCCACGCGAAGUGAUCAAAAUAAAUCUGAAUUGGCCAAAUAUGGCAACGGUGUUAUGUCGGCUAUAUACAAUGGCAUAAAGGGUGAUACAAGGAGUAUGACAUUAGAAUUGUCUCUGGAAAUAAAUAAGAAAUUGCAGGCAGUUUUAGAGGAUACAUUGCUCAAAAAUAUAACAUUAAAGGAAAAUCUUGAUGUGUUAGGGCUGGAAGUAGAUAACCUGACUAGAAAAUUAAGGAUCAUGGAGUCUAAAGAAUGACACAGACCCAUGUUUUAAACAAUACUGCGACUUUUAUGAGCCGCAAAUACUAUAACAAAAUUUAAUUAGUAUUAAUUUAACAAAACAAUGUGGACAGUCAGUUUUGUAAAACGGUUUAAAUAAUUCCAUAAAUAUUAAAAAUAAAUCCAUUUUGUAAGGUAGUUUUAUAUACACACAUACAUAUGUACUUGUCCAACAUAAAUAUUUUAGCCAUAUGUAUGAACAAAGCUGUAAUAAACAAAUUUAUGAAAAGCGUGUGAAAAGAUAGU